AGCGCUGUAUGUAUGUAUCGCUGUGCAACAGCACAAUAAUAAACAAGGGGUCAUUACAAUAAUGAAUAAAAAGUACAAGAGCUAUGUGUCAAAGAGACAAGAGGAUGGAGCGCUGUCCGUCUAUCUACGUUCCCUACUGUGACGCCAUUGUCCAGCUAACCCGGAAGUAGUCUCAUGUAAUGACACCAUGGCAGCCGCGGCUCUGAGGCACAGCAAGAUGGCGGUGCGUAUGUGCGAGAGCCACUAAGGUUCCUGCGGGCUGUCAGAGUCUGUUGAACAAGCCGGAGCAGAUUUUUGGGCUCAGCGGUAAGGAAUAGCCCUGUGGUUCGUAUUCGGUUUGAGCUGUUCCGGACCGGCUGUGCCUGUCUGUUAGUGUGGAAUACUCAACAAGGACAGACAUGGAUGAUUUCAGCUCAAUCAGCUUACUCUCACUGGCCAUGCUGGUGGGAUGUUACGUAUCAGGAAUCAUCCCGCUUGCAGUCAACUUUUCUGAGGAAAAAUUAAAGCUGGUGACUGUCCUUGGUGCCGGUCUGCUGUGUGGGACUGCAUUAGCUGUCAUUGUACCCGAAGGAGUCCAUGCUCUGUAUGAAGAAGUACUAGAAGCAAAACACCAUGAUAUGGGAGACAUCCAUAAGGCGAAGGAUGCGGAAACAGGAGCAGAGAUCUCUGCAGCUCAUGAACAUGAUCAUUCUAAUUUACACGCUUACAUUGGGGUCUCGCUUGUGCUUGGAUUUGUCUUCAUGCUACUUGUAGACCAGAUUGGUUCCUCUCAUAUGCAUUCUGCAGAUGACCCAGAGGCAGCAAGAGCAGCCAGCUCCAAAAUCACAACAACCCUUGGCCUUGUUGUUCAUGCGGCAGCGGAUGGCGUUGCCCUGGGUGCUGCAGCUUCUACCUCACAGACUAGUGUACAGCUAAUUGUAUUUGUUGCAAUUAUGUUACACAAGGCUCCAGCAGCAUUUGGCCUAGUGUCUUUCCUCAUGCAUGCAGGGCUAGAGAGAAAUCGAAUCCGGAAACACUUGCUAGUUUUUGCCUUGGCUGCUCCUGUCCUGUCAAUGCUUACAUAUUUGGGACUAAGCAAGAGCAGUAAAGAGGCCCUCUCUGAGGUUAAUGCUACUGGAGUUGCUAUGCUUUUCUCCGCGGGGACAUUCCUGUAUGUAGCCACUGUUCAUGUCCUUCCUGAAGUAGGAGGAAUGGGACAUAGCCACAAGCCAGAAGUUGGUGCUACAAAAGGACUGAGUCGGCUGGAAGUGUGCGCCUUGGUGUUAGGAUGCCUAAUACCUUUGGUUUUAUCUAUAGGACAUCAACACUGAAACAUGGGAAAUAAAAGACAAAGUGCCAGUGUGUUGAAAAGCUCCUCAUUUGGCAGGGCAGAUCCCAGGACAUUGAUAUUGUCUGUUGUGUAAUCAGAAAUGACUUUAGUGGAAUUGGAAAUUCCUGGUGGGUUGCUUUUAAUUUGUCCUGCAAUUUAGUGACAGUAUCAAUCUGUAUAUACAAUCCUGAUUUUUUUCCUUUUUUUUUUUUAAACAUUUUUUUGGGUUGCUUAAUGCUGCAUUCAGCUGUCUCGCCUUCAUCAGUCUGAGAUAAUGGUUGGAUUAACAAAUGGGCCAUAGAUUAAUGUUAGUGAAUAUUCUUGUAUUUAACAAUGGAUUAAUUCUCUUUAAAUAUGGUUGUAGAUUUUUUUUUCCCUUAGGUUAAGUGCAGUAAGCGCUGUUGAGUUGUGAACCAACUGAAACCUUGAUCAGUGUAGCUGGCCCCAGAUUUGUGAGCUGCAGUAUCACUGGAAACCUCUUUCUCAAAAAGUCACUUUGGGUAUGUAGGGGAGCUUUGCAAAACGGGUCAAUAAAUGGUAGUGAGAAUUCCCUAGACACCCGUGGAUAAUACUUUCAGUGAGAUAUUAAAGCAGCGUUUUAAAGCUGGUCCUGACAAUUCUGUCUGAUGGAAGUCUUAAGAACCUGGAAUAACCUCUGCUUGAGAAAGUGAAGAACACAAGGCCUCAUGGGUCCAGUGCCCUGGUUUGAGAGCUUUUCCAGUAUGCUGGGACCAAAGGCAAUACAGUUUUUCCCCUCAUUUGAAAUCUUUCCAUAAGAAGUUUGUUUGCAUUGACUGCAUUUGUACAGAAUAUUCACAGCAUGCCUGGGCUACACCGACUCAGUGGAACUGAUCACUAAUAAGUCCCAGCAAGCCUUUGUAAUUUGACGGAAAACCAUUCACUUCUAAUCAUGGCGAGGCUCCUGAGAAAAACUCCUGCAAUUUUCCACAAAGCCAGUGUUUUAAUCCAAGUAUUUUUGUGAAAUCUUUAGGGCAGAGCAGUGUUCAGAUGCGAAAUCUUCUUUAUUCUACUGUAAUAUCUCCUUUCCUGGAGUGUGUAUGGUUAAGCUGCCCUUAUGAACUGAUUCACAAUGUUCUACAUGGUGACUAUUAACUUCAUUCCAUUACAUAAGGGUGUUUGCAAAAGCUGCUGCUGCACGGAGAUAGGAUGAUGAAAGAUUUGCUUUGUACAUAAGUCUUUAGAACUUAUGUAGUGGCUAGUAAUCUUAUGAGAGAUACAUUAUGACAAGUUUUCAUUCCACCUAACUAUCAUAAACUCUUCCCAUACAUUGAUUUAUCAUUUUUAAUGAAAAGUGUGGGAGGUCCAGCAUUGGAUCUGUCCUGAAAUUAAGGCAAACCAGCGUUUUUUGUCUUUAAAGUUCAUACUAUGUGUUAGCAUUGAUUGUACUGUGUGCCACAGGCUGCUGGUCAUGUUGGGGUAUUAGGGGAGGGCACCCUUCUCAACCCUAUAUUAGCACUUCCCUUUUUAAAUGCCUCCUUGUGAGGCAUAAAUUGCAAACCAUCUUCUACUACCCAAAAGUUAAAUCCCUGCCCUGCCAAUUGUCAGGGAAGACUAUUUUUAUCUGUUUUUAAGACUCAAAUACAGACUAAAUACAAAAAAAAACCCUCCUGUCUUGUGCUUUCUACAUUUAUCCAAUCCGAUUACUGGUCUCCUUGCAAUUCUGCCUGAAACCUUACCGUGUAGAAACAGGCUUUUAUUAGGCCAGAAACUGUUCUCCGGAUAUUAUUUGUUGGAUCUGACCUCAGCGUGACAUACAGUAUAUCUACACCCAGUCAUUUCAGAGAUGUGCAAUAUUGACUGUUUCCUUUACUUGUCACUCACGCCCUGAGGGAAUAUAAUGAUCCCUAGGCAAUUGGUUCUACUAUGAAGGACAAAUACCCUACAUAUGCAGUCCCAGUCAUGGCUGCCCGUUUCUAUCCAGUUGUAUAUCUGUUGACCCUUUAUGUAUGUGAAAUCAUUCCAACAUUAACUGCCUUAUAUCUCUUCUUUAAUUGUGAAUAGUAAAAACGAGAAAAAGAAAUCUGUUUUUUAAUGAAUAAAUUUUGAGUGUGACAUCUUUUGGC